AUGGGAGCAGUCCUGGGACCGAGCUUUGCCGGCCCUGGGAAGGGCCCCCAGCUCAUCCCCUCUCCCUAUGUGGACAUGAUGUGGUCUGGCACCAGGAGGGGAGCACCCAGUGAGAACCCCGGGUCACGCCCGCCCGGAGCAAGAGCCAGCCGACGGGCCCAACCAGGCCCCGCAGAACAGGCCGAAGCCCGGAAACGCCAAGGCUGCGCGCGCCGCGCGCCGGAAGUGAACGCAACGGCGUCCGACCUGAAGUGGCCGCACGCGGAAGCGAUGCCACCGGGAGCGCAUGGCCGAUGCGGCGGGGCGGCCACCGGAUGGAAAACCCUUGGAAGCUCUGGACACGGGGAGCAAGCCCGGCUGAAGGCGCGCGUGGUGCUCGGGGACACCGAGGCGUGGCAGCGGGACCCCGACUUCUCGGGGCUGCGCAGGGUCGGGGCGUGGACGUGUCUUUCGCGGAAGGGCGGCGGCGGCCUCGCCUGCGCCUCCCUGGUGGUGCUCAGGCUACCCCCCGAGCUGGAGGUGGUUCACGAGGACCAGAGUGUGGUCAGCCUGACGGCCCCCUACGUCCCGGGCUUCCUGGCCUUCCGAGAGGCGCCCUUACCUGGCCCAGGCAGUGCAGCGGCUUGCAGGCAGAGGCGCCCCACCUCAUGCCCCAGGCAGGUUCUCCUCGUGGAUGGCAACGGGGUGCUCCACCACCGAGGUUUUUGGGGGGUGGCCUGCCACCUCGGUGUCCUCACAGAUCUUCCCUGCAUUGGGGUGGCUAAGAAGCUUCUGCAGGUGGAUGGGCUGGAGAACAAUGCUGAGCACAAGGAGAAGAUCAGACUCCUGCAGACACCCGUGGACCGCUUCCCGCUCACGGGAGCCUCUGGGGGCUAUCCUGGCAUGGCCCUGAGGGACCCACGAGCACAGCACCAGGCCCCCUGUAACGUGUCUGUGGGCCACCGCAUUAGCCUGGAGGCGGCUGUGCGCCUAACACUCCACUGCUGCAGGUUCAAGAGCCCAGAGCCCGUGCCCAUCCCCCACCCCCAGGCUGACAUCCGCUCCCGUGAGCAUCUCCGCAGGACCCUGGGUAACCCCACGACCCCCGAGCCUACCCGCGCCAGAAGCCCCCCGGCACCAUCGCCAACAUCAAGUCCCCAGAGAGGCACAGAGGAGCCUGGGGGAUGAGAGCAGACGGACGGACGGACGAUGGCAUCCCAGAGGACCAACUUCCAGGGGUGCUGGAGAAACCUACCUGCCUCCCAGGGGCAGGAAGGAGAUUGGGACCCCGGGAUGCCGCCCCUGCCCAGACCCCAUCUGCUCUUGCAAUACAGCCUCACUGCUGGGUCA